UGCUGUGUUAUCUCAAAAUCAACGAAAUCGUUUUACGAAAUCGUCUGCAAAAUAGUUUGAAAACCAGGUUGAAAACCAAAGUCUGUUAAAUUUCGAUAUUCUCGACUACAAAAAAAAUGGAAAAUCCAUAUGACAAGUUCUACUCCGAGCCGAACGACGAGGUGCUCGACUGGAGCAAGGAAGCCACCGGCGUCAUCCGGGACAUUGCUCGCCACGUAAAGGAAGCGCACAUCUCCGAACGCAUGCAGCCCACCGGGGCCGAGGCGUACAUCAAUUUGCGCACGCUGGAAGGAAAGGAAGUUUGCGUCAAGCUGAACCGGGAAGGACUGCAGAUUGUAGGCGAUCGUUUCGAUUUGGAUUCUGAUGUUGAACAAGACGUGAGCGGUGAGCGAUUUGAGACGCCCUAUGCUCUGCUGUCGCACGUAAGUCCGGCCUAUGUGGAAUCGUUCGGGAGCUGCUUGGCGGAUGCUUUGAGUAGACAGCUUCAGCAGCAGCAGUUGGUGGGGAAUGGUGCACAGGCCGAAGACGAGAAGGUCGGAUUAGAACGACGAUAGAUUCAUUUCUACGGCACCAAUUCCUAUAAACAGUGAAAAUAA